AUGUUUAAUAAUACAAUUAAAAAACAAUUUAUUAAAACAAGAACAACAUCAAUAAUUAAAAGGGCUUUAAGUCAAUCUUCAAUUUUCAAUCAACAACAACAACAACAACACCAAAAUCAAUUUGGUUUUAAUUAUUUUUCAAAUCAGAAACAAAAUGAUUUAGAACAGAUAUACGAAAAACAAUUUGAUUAUUAUAAAUUUCAACAAUCUAAAAAAGAUGAAGGAGAUUAUCAAUUUAAUGAAUUAAAAUUUGUUGAUUUAGUUCAUCCGGAUGUUGCUGAAUUUGCUGAUUUAUUUUGA